UGCUGGGCCCGAUCCCAGGACCCCGGGAUCAUGACCAGAGCUGAAGGCAAACACUCAACGACUGAGCCACCCAGGCGCCCCAGAAACCCAAAGUUUUGAUGGACAGUUGGCUGUCUUUACCAAAACCAUGGUAAAUCACCAACCUCCUGGGCCUCUGUGCUUCAUCUAUAAAAUAGAAAGUAUCACUUGAUCGUGGCAAUGGACAUUUACUAAAAUCCUUGAAUUGUAUGCCCCACUGUGGGUAAAUUUUGUGGUGUGUACUAAGUUAAGCUGUUUGUUUAAAAAGCAGGAGACCUCUUGCCCUUCUUCUCAGGUACUUAUGAGGACUCAGUGAGUGAAAUUUUGCCAGGCUGGUACUGUGUGUGUGUGUGUGUGUGUGUGUGUGUGUAGUAGGGAAGGGCGGUCCCAAAGCAGGCCUGAGUUGGGUUAUGCAUUGGGUGUAGUUCUCACAAGAGAGGCGCCAGCUCAAACCACCUGCCAACAGGAAGUGGUAGGCAGUUCGAUGUUGCUUCUUGCUUGGGAAGCCCCCCCAGCGUGUGGCGGAAGACCCAGCCCACAGGGCCAGAGCCACAAGUGCUGCCGGGAAGGCCGGGUGACACCCCGCUGCCUUCGGCAACAGAGGGGAAACCGGGGCCUCCCUCGGGGCCAGUGAGGCGCGAAGCAUGUGGGGUCCCCCGGAACAGCAUGGUCAGCUUGAGCGUGGAUGGUAAUGUCAACCACACAGGAUGGAGGCAGGGAGGGGAGCAGCCAGGGGCCUCCACCACCCGCUGCUGGAAAGUUCACAGCCACCCAAGUGCACGGCUGCUCCUUCAAGGCGAGGCAGGGGUGAUGACGGUAAAAGAGUUUUAGAUCAAGUUCCCGCAGAUGCCAGGCGUAUAUGCCCUCAAGCCCUCGGGGAGGCAGGUGUGCCUUACUUCCCUCUCUGGCCUCGAGUCCCCCGCCUGAAAGAAGUUGCUCUGUCCUCACUGCUGUGGGGAUUAAGUGAGUUAAUACACGGGAAGCGCCUGACAGCCGGUCGGCUCUCCGCAGGAGCCGAGUGAAUGCAUGGGCAGCUUUGGCUCAGGCUUUGUGCUCUCCUGGGCCUCAGUUUCCCCACUUGGAUAUCCAGGGAUCCGGAUGGGACACUCCCAACAUUCUGACUCAGGAAAACAGUGGUUAAGAGCGCCAACUUUGGAGCCAAUCCCAAUGCGAGCCGUCUGACCUUGGGCAAGCUGUCCGGGCUCUCAGCCUCAUUCUCCUCCUCCCGAAAAUGGGGGUCAUGAGAACACCUACCCACUGAAUCGUGAAGAUGAGCUCAUCCUUAGAGCUGGGCCCUGUUUCAGUGUUAGCUGCUGCUGUUGUCAUUGUUGUGAUUCUCCCCGUCGUGAAGGUGUGGUCACCGAGGCCCAGACAAGUGACUCGCUCAAGGUCACCCGGCUAAAAAGUGGCGCACGGCAGGAUCAAGGGCAAGCCUGCUGAGCCCCGAGGUCCGUGCUGUUUCCGUCGCUCCCCACUGUGCCUCUUAAGUCACAUGCGUGGUAACUGGGUCAGAGGCGGUGUGUACCUGGGCCACGACACAGCGACAGGGACAGCUAUGUGGAUUAAUUCUUUGUCUCCUGCUGACGCCUUGCAGAGAACAGGCCGGAAGGGAGAGAGAGGUUGUGAAGGAGGGAGGGGUCAAUAGUGAAGACCCCCAAAACUGGGCCCUAGGAACCAAAGGAAGGGAUGAGGGCAAGUUGAAUCAGAUGUAGCCCCUACCCCCCGGGGACCUCUUGGCCUGUUGAUGGGGACAGACAGGGGACAGAGUUGAGACCACCCCAAGACAUUUCAACAGGAACCCUCAGAGAGAGCCACACAGACCCUGUGUGAAUCCUGGGGCUCAGCGGAGGCAGGAAUUGGCACCUGGGGCAGCAGGGAAGGCUUCCUAGAGAAAUGGGACCUGAGGAUUGUGGAUGGGGCAGGGGGAGGUCAAGGCAGGCAGCAGGACCGGCGGAGGAGACGAGAGAGAGGCAGUGCAGGGUGGUGGUCACGGCGCGGGCUGAACCUGGAGUGCAGGGGGCAAAUGUGGGACCCAGACCCACCCCGCUGUGGCUGGGCCCCUGGCCCACCCCAGUGCCUACACAGCGCAACCCUGAGGCCAAAGCAGCAGGGGACAAGCCAUGCACCCAACAGCCCCUGCGUGAGGGAGGACGGGAGAGAGGGAAGAAGAGCUUCUAGCAACUUGCAGCUGCCAAUCAGUCUCCCAGAGGAUGCAGAGACAGCCCAAAAUGACUAGCAGGGCCACAGCCCGAAGUGGGAGCGUGCACACGUGUGUGCGCAUGGACGUGCACGCCCAUGGCCUGCCCCGCGUAGCAGCCCUGGGGGAGGCCACACACGGCAGGAGAGGCAGGAGAAGUAGGUCAGCCGAGCAGCCCAGCAGUCUCUCACUGGAGAGCUCAAGGCAAAGAGGGUGUGUACUCCUCGGAACCCCUGGGGGAGAGGCCCGCACUCUCCCCAGAACGCGAUGUCCAACUCCCUGCUGUAUCAAAGCAGAUGGGCUGCGUUUCCUCGCUCCGAAUUCUUAGCGCCCCCCCCUCCCCCCCGGGUAGUGUGUGGGCAUUUGACAGAGGUUGGGACGGGUGACCCCUUCCAGCGCUGAAAGCAAGGAAGGACCAUCGUGGGGAGAGGCCGCCUACUUUAGCCUAGUUGGUGGCUUCAGUAAGAGCGACCCAGUGCUGUCCGGCCAGAGCUGGGAUGGCAUAGAGACUUGGUGACAGGUGCCACGGCCCAGCUGGGUGGCCGAGGUAGGGGAGCAGGACCCUGUUUCUGUGGGCCUGGCACCAUCCCUCCCCCUGGGGGGGUUUAGGAAAUGAGCUAGUCCAGGCUACAGACGGCCCCCUCUGAGGGCAUCCGACAGACUGAAGGAAUUAGGAAAAGCAAGGCAGUGGCUGUGGCGGGGGAAGGUUCUAUAGAACAGGGCUUACUCAUGAAUGGAGGGGAAGGGGGCUGAGAGGGGGAGCAGGAUCCUGAGGCAGCAGAAGGGGCAGAAGCCAAAUCGGAGGAGGGGAGGAGGGGAGGAGGGCCCCCUGCUCCCCCAGCCAGCCGGAGGACGUGCAGAUGGAGCUCCGUUUGGGGCUGGGUGGGAGGCCAGGAAGUUCCCUCCUGAUGUUCCUCCUCUUUGUGUGAAGUGGGAGGCUGGGUCGUGCCAAGAGGGAAGGGGAAGGCAGAGGAGGAGAAGAGGGUUUGGGCCUGGAAGGGGAGCUGCUGGGCCAGGGUGAGCAUGCAGGGCUCCCGGAGAGCCCACCCCUGCUCAUAGCCUCCACGGGCCCGGCUAGAGGGAACACAGACCCACCACUGAGAGAGCACAAGGCACCUGGCCCUUACAGAGUGCUUACUGUGUACCGAGCACCAAGCACUCCACGGCUAAGUCCUUUAACAAGCCACAAGCCUGUAGGGAGAAGGCACUAUUCUAUCCUUUUUAUAGAUGGAAAACGAAGGCAAGGGAAGGUGAAGGUACUUGCCCAAGGCCAUCCAGCUAGCAGGUGACAGAGCUGGACCCAAAGCCAGGCCAGCUGGCUCAAAAUCUGCUUUUUCUCCCAGAGCCCUGGGCUGUCUUGCAGGGGUGGGGGCUGGGGGAGCACAGGCUGAGUCACCUGGGAUUGGAGGUAGGAGGGAGUGAGGUGAGGGCACAGGAGGUGCGCCAGGAGGCAGGCUUCUGGGGCUCGGCUUCCAGAGGAUUCAGUGCUGGCCUCUCCUGCGGAUACACACACAGACAGGAGCACUCCUGCUCUGGAAGCCCGGCCCCCCGGCCCAACCCCCUCCCGCUUGACAGACAAAAAAUGCAGGCCCCAGAUGGGCAUUCGCUGUCACCCAGCCCCGGACUCUCCCUGCUGCAGCUCUCUGCACCCCAACACCAUCUGGGGACAGACUCAGUACCUCUGACGGGUGCGUGCAGUUUGUGUGGAUUCCAAAGGGGUCAGUCAGGCUGUGAAUGGGGAGGGUUGGGGCUUUGCGGGACGGGCGCCCUGCCUUGUGUCCGGGGUGGGGUGAAGCUGGCGGGGGGUCCCUGGGACUGCACCUGUAGCUGUGUGGACCUGAGCGGGGGGGGUGUUGUCUGUGGAGGGGCAUCCUGCCAAGAGUUUUGUCUGACGCUACUUGGGUGAGGAAUUUGAUACAGUGAUCCCUGCCCUCAGACUUCACCUUCCCCACCCCCUGCCUUCCAUUCUCAAAAGCCUAGAUCACCUUUUAUGAGCAUAUAUAAUGCAUGUAUUCACUAUUUAUUGUCCAUCGCCCCCCCCUUGGAACAUAAGUCCCAUGAGGAUGGGAUUCUUUUUUUUUAUAUGUAAAAGAUUUUAUUUAUUCAUUUGAGAGAGAGAGAGAGAGCACAGGGUGGGGAGGGGCAGAGGGAGAGGGAGAAGCAGACUCCCCGCUGAGCAGGGAGCCCAACGAGGGGCUCCAUCCCAGGACCCUGAGAUCACGACCUGAGCCGAAGGCAGACGCUUAACGACUGAGCCACCCAGGUGUCCUGAGGGUGGGAUUCUUAUCUGUUUAAUGUUGUGUCCUCACGGCUGUGAACAGCAAGCCCCUGGUGAACAGCAGGUAUGGAUCAAUAUCUAUGAAUAGGAGCCCCCGUGUGAACUUGGUAUAUGGAGUGUCUCUGUGUGACAUAAACACUUGUGCCUUGUCUGACGCAGCGUCUAAAUGGCAGCCUGAGACAGAUAGGCCAGUGGCACCCAAGUGGGGACUGCGGGUUUCUGCUGGGAGUGCUGGCUCAGGCCUGGCCCUGAAGCUUUGGGGAACGGGGAUGCAGCAAAGAUGCUUGUCGCCCCCUUGUGGUCAUCUUGAGCCCGGCAUCCCGGGACCCUAGGGAGAAGAUGAGCGUGGGCUGCCCAGAGCCCGAGCCACCCCGCUCCCUGCCCUGCUGUGGGCCGGGGACUGCCCCUGGGCUGGGUGCAGGGGUGCCCCUCCUCACUGAAGACAUGCAGGCGCUGACGCUCCGCACCCUGGCCGCCAAUGAUGUCACCAAGCACUACGAACUCGUCCGGGAGCUAGGCAAGGGCACCUAUGGGAAGGUCGACCUCGUGGCCUACAAGGGCACAGGCACGAAAAUGGCGCUGAAGUUUGUGAACAAGAGCAAGACCAAGCUGAAGAACUUCCUGCGGGAGGUGAGCAUCACCAACAGCCUCUCCUCCAGCCCCUUCAUCAUCAAGGUCUUUGACGUGGUUUUUGAGACGGAGGACUGCUACGUGUUCGCCCAAGAGUAUGCGCCUGCAGGGGACCUGUUCGACAUCAUUCCCCCUCAGGUGGGGCUCCCCGAGGACACGGUGAAGCGCUGCGUGCAGCAGCUGGGCCUGGCGCUGGACUUCAUGCACGGGCGGCAGCUGGUGCACCGCGACAUCAAGCCCGAGAACGUGCUGCUCUUCGACCGCGAGUGCCGCCGCGUGAAGCUGGCCGACUUCGGCAUGACGCGCCGCGUGGGCUGCCGCGUGAAGCGGGUCAGCGGCACCAUCCCGUACACGGCGCCCGAGGUGUGCCAGGCGGGCCGCGCCGACGGCUUCGCGGUGGACACGGGCGUGGACGUGUGGGCCUUCGGCGUGCUCAUCUUCUGCGUGCUCACCGGCAACUUCCCGUGGGAGGCGGCGUCGGGCGCGGACGCCUUCUUCGAGGAGUUCGUGCGCUGGCAGCGGGGCCGCCUGCCGGGGCUGCCGUCGCAGUGGCGUCGCUUCACCGAGCCCGCGCUGCGCAUGUUCCAGCGCCUGCUGGCCCUGGAGCCCGAGCGCCGCGGGCCGGCCAAGGAGGUCUUCCGCUUCCUCAAGCACGAGCUCACGUCCGAGCUGCGGCGCCGGCCCUCGCACCGCGCGCGCAAGCCCGCCGGGGACCGCCCGCCCGCCGCCGGGCCGCCGCGCCUCGAGGCGCCCGCGCCGCUCAAGCGGACGCUGCUGACCGAGAGCGGCAGCGGCUCCCGGCCCGCGGCCCCCGCCGUCGGGCCCGCGCCCGCGCCCGCGCCCGCGCCCGAGGCCGGCCUGGCGCCCCCGGGGCCCCCCGGCAGGACGGACGGCCGCCCGGACAAGAGCAAAGGGCAGGUGGUGCUGGCCACGGCCAUCGAGAUCUGCGUCUGAGCCGCCCCCGCCGUGCUCGCACCAGGCCGGGCCCGCGCCGAGCCGGGGGGGGGGGGGGGGGGGGGGUGAGAAUCCGACCGCCCCCCCGACCCCGACCCCGACCCCCGCGGCGGCGGGGCGGGGUGGGGGGAGGAGCGCUAGGCUGGGCGGGGCGGCGGGCCCGGGCGCCCGGUCCGCGGCGGGCUGCGGCGGCGAGAGCCACCGGAAGACCUCUUGCCCCGCCUGUGCGGCGGGGGCUUGGCUCACAGGAGCCGAGCCCCGCAGACCCGAGGAUUCAGAGGCACCCCUGACACCCGGAGCGAGGGAGCUUGCGGGCAGACUCCCCUCCCCAAAACACACACACACACCUCCCCUAACCCCGGGACCCUGACUAGUUGCUCCUAGCCCUUUGCACCCCCUGGCCGAUCAUCCCGCAGCCCCACCCCUGGUCCUUCCUCCUGGCCGCCCCCUCCGCACCCUCCCCGCACCCGGACACAGAAGGGGACGGAAGUGCUGGGGCAGAGAAGGGGCUACUUAGGGCCCUCGGAUGCUGGCUAGGGGGAGGGCGACGAGCUGAGGGCAGGCGUGUUGCUCAGCUGCGCCCUGCCCCUUUCCUGGGAGGCUAUACGGGAGAGGCCAAGCCCUCUGCAAAAUGUAGCAAAUGUCUGGAUGUGGCAAAAGUGUGUGUGUGUGUGUGUGUGUGUGUGCCCGCGCAGCUACAAGCCCGAAGAAUCUAGUAACCCUCACAACCCAUUCCCCUGCGAUGAGGACACUGAGCCCCGAAAGAGGGCAGCUUGCCCCCGAGCUGCAGGGACCCUGAGAGGUGGAGCUCUAGAAGCCCUCCCCCGCCUCCCCAUGAAUUGUCCCGCAAACUCGCCAAGGGAAGGGCUGCCAGGGUGGCGGCCCGGCAUCCCCAGGGCGACAGGUGUGAGUGCAGAGCCCAGGGCUGGCCCAGCUCCCCCCAGCUGGCUGCACCUUCCCAGACCCGGGAACCUCAGAUCCCCGAGCCCAGACACAGAGGUGAUCUGUGCCAGGAAUUUCCCUGGGUUUCUGCUGGGGACCGGCAUGUCAGCUCUGGGCUGCCCCCAUCCCCACGUCUCCCAGCUUCCUGGUACUGGAGUGGGCUGCUGUGGGUGUGAGGAUGCUGUGGGAAUGAGGGUGGGGGUCCAUGGAAACGCGAGGGGGGUGAGUGCGCGAAUAGGUGUGUGUGCGGCGUGAGUGUGAGUCGAGUGCCCGCGUUUGCGUGUAGUCUCGUGUGUCCAGCGAUGGCAUCCAGACGCCUCCGAAACUCCACCCGGCCCCAGGGUCCUCCCCAGGCAGUUGCCAGCGGGUGUCCAGGCCCGUGCUUCACCACGCGCCCCUCAGGGAAUCUGGCCGGGAGGCACUGCAGGUGGGUUCAGGCCCUGAGGCAGCAAAACCGGAACCCAACCUCACCCAGUGUUCCCUCGUGACCCCUGCCCUCGCUGUGGAGGCCCGGGACCCCGCAAUAACCUCGACAUGGGUGAGGCCGCUCCUUCUGCCUGGCAGGGGCCCCUCAGCCAUCCCGGGCCACACCUGCCAGGGUCCUACCGGGGCUCCAGGCCGUUGGAGGGGGCUCUCCGAGGAGCCCGGCUGACCAGAGAGGGCCCAACCACCCUCUGGCCCGGAGCCCCCACCUCUCUCCGCUCAUCCCUCAUUCCCACCGCGCAAAAGGGCUAUAGGUCCCCCUGCCCUGCCUGGGUCCAGUUUACAAACAGCGUGCGGUUUGCCCCAGGACCUGGCCCCGCCCCCCUCGGUGUGCCCGCCCCUCCCGAACCCACCUCUGCCCUGGGCCCUGGGGCCCUCCACGCGCCAGGUAAGUAGCAACCCCUCCUCCCACCAAGGGCCACGUUUCAGAGAAGGGCCCCCCAUCACUGCCCCCGGCCCACCUGGAGCCCAUCCGGGCCACCUCUCUCUCCCAGCCGCGACUUCUCCUUUUGCCUUAGGCCUCUCGACAUCCUGUCUCUCCUGCAAUAACACGGACGCAAGAUUCCAAGUAGAUGUCCCUCGCCGUGCGCCCUCUCUCUCUCUUUCUCUGUUCAGAUCCUAUUUGGGAGUUUCUCCCUCGUCGUAGUAUCUAGAAUGUUAGAGCUGGAAAGGGGCCUGUAGUUCUGUAGCCCAGCGCCCGUGUUCAGAGGCACAGGGGGGGCAGCGACCGCCCGACACGUGAGCGGACCCGGGCCAGGCCCGCUCC